GAAGGGACCGGGGCGCAGCACAAGGCAAACCGGUCUAUGUCCGAGCAAUUCCGAGCACCCAUCGAAUGGUGGGAUCUCUUCCUCGAAUGGCUCGAAGAAGUCAACCCAGCGGAUCGGCAGUGGUACAAGGAUCGGUUCAAGGAAAUGUGUUUCCGGCUGGAUGGAAAUCUCUACGGUCGAAGUCAGAAAGAUCCGUGCAUUUUCCGGUGCACCAAGACUGGCAUUGUACUGCUGCACCAUGUGGACGAUAUCCGCGCAGCAGGACCUUCAGAGGCCCUAACGCAUCUCUUCGAACAAGAACUACCGCGACACUGCGGAGUGCAAGCGGGAGAACUCGAAAAGGAGGGAACGGCAGUGGAAUACCUGGGACGCACCAAAGUGCGCAGUGAAGAUGCAAUCCUCACCAUCCCAGACGAAAAGCACAGGCAAGCCGUGAUCUCCGCAGCGGGUAUCUCCGCGCGUGACAGGAGUGAGGUUCCGUCCAAACAAUUGAACCUUCUGGAAACCACUCCCCUGUCCGAAGAAGAAGCAAAACGCUAUCGCAGCGCAGUAGGAUCCGCGAUCUACCUGAGCUUGGAUCGCAGAGAUAUACAAUAUGCUGUGAAGGAAGCAGCGAGACACAUGUCGCAGCCAAGGCAGUGUGACAUGAAAGCUGUGAAGACACUUGCAGCAUACCUGCAAACUCACCCCACGGUUGGCAGGGUGGUAACAUGUGAUCCGCCAAGUGCGACUGGCGAGUGGAGCAUAGAAUUGUAUUCCGACUCAGACUGGGCAGGGUGCCUCGAGAGCCGAAGGAGCACCGACUGUCAUGUGGCAGUAGUCUGUGGAGCUGUGGUUGCUUGCACAACCCAGACGCAACCCGGACUGCCAGCUACUAGCAGCCCAGAUGCGGAACUAAGAGGUGUAUCCAGAGCAGCCAGAGAAGCAAUCUACUUGCGUGAUCUCAUUACCUUAGACUUUGGCCAACUGUGGGGGAAGCCCCGCCUAUGGACCGACAGCUCGUCGGCCAUGCAGGCAGCGAAACGCAUAGGUCCAGGAGCCAAGUUGAGGCACCUGGAAGUCUGUGAGUUCUACGUGCAGGGAGCGAUCCAGUCAAAGCAGCUCGCUUUGGGAAAGGUGAAAGGAACGCUCAACUGUGCAAACUUUCUGACGAAACAUCCCAAGUCAGGGACAGAGGUAAAGCAAGCCCUACCUGGACUGGGUAUGUGCGAAGCUCACGACGGAGAGGAUGUGCUAUCAUCCACAAAGCGUAUCUCCGUCAAGGUCUCGACUGUGACCAGGCAGCAUGCUUGGAAGACUCCGGUCCCAGCUAGCGUUGCUUGGAUCGAUAACAGAAAGGACCGAGCGGGUAGCACCGCCCCGAAAACAAAGGGCAGUGUGAACUACAUCAAGUCGUUGGUGAUUCUCAGCCAGAUCACCGCAGUGCGAGCGCAGGGACAAGGAAAUCAGUGGAUCAAUCCAAUUGUCCUGUACAUCCUCGCGCUCACAGGCUUGUUAGCCAUCUAUGUGAAGCUGUAUCAGCUAGGAGUUGAAGGAGCCGAAGUGCAACUUCAGUUGGAUAGUGUUACGGUGCGCCUCAACAUCACCGCGUACCGAGACGGUAGACAGCUGAAUAUCAGCCAGACGGUGAAUGCGCCAGCGGCAGCCCCGCGGCCAGGUUCCGCGGAAGCCCCGCAGCCUCAACCGGCGGAAACCCCCCGGCAGGAGGAAUUGACUCCUAGUCGCAUCGAGCGCUGGUCAGAGGAACAGUGGGUACAGAGAGGGGCAGAAAGCAACAUGACCCUCCAGGAGCUGAUCGAAUGGCGCAGGCGCGAAGAAAGGCUGAUUCAUGGGCAAAACCCAGACUCCAGCCAAGAUGAGCCAGGUGAGUCAACUUCGCACAGUGCGGACAGCCCCGCCUUUGAGCGGGAUGUAUCGCCUGAGCGGGAGGAACCGCCUGAGCGGGUAGCACCGCCCGAGCGGGCGGAGCCGCCGAUCUCCAGUUCCGGCCCGGAGCUCUUGACGAGAGACCCCGCCACUGAGCGGGAAGCUCCGCUAGAUCCUUUUGAUGGGAUGAGUCCUUAA